UUCAUUACUGACCCCUCGGUUUGCAGCCUCUGACACCUGAUCAAUAGCUUCAGAAGAACACAUGGAAAAUAGGAACAAUGUGACUGAGUUUGUCCUCCUGGGGCUUACACAAAACCCUGAGAUGCAAAAAGUUCUAUUUAUCCUAUUCUUACUCAUGUAUAUUGUGACAAUAAUGGGUAAUCUGCUUAUCAUGGUGACCAUUGCAGCCAGCCGAUCACUGGAUUCCCCUAUGUACUUUUUUCUGUCUUCUUUAUCAUUUAUAGAUGCUCUUUAUUCUACCAUCAUUGCUCCCAAAAUGAUCACUGACUUCCUUUAUGAGAAAAAGACUAUUUCCUUCCAGGCUUGUAUGACUCAAGUCUUUAUAGAUCAUUUAACUGCUGGUGCUGAAGUCAUUCUUCUGGUGGUGAUGGCCUAUGACCGAUAUGUAGCCAUCUGCAAGCCUCUUCAUUAUUUGAUCAUCAUGAAUCGGAGGGUAUGUGUCCUCAUGCUGCUGGUGGCCUGGACUGGAGGCUUUCUGCACUCACUGGUUCAAAUUCUUUUUAUUUAUCAGCUCCCUUUCUGUGGCCCCAAUGUCAUUGACAACUUCCUGUGUGACAUGUACCCUUUACUGAAACUUGCUUGCACUGAUACCCACCUCAUUGGACUCUCUAUGAUAGCUAAUGGAGGGGCCAUCUGCACUGUUGUCUUCUUCAUCCUCUUAGUGUCCUAUGGGGUCAUAUUACACUCCCUGAAGACUCAUGGUUCGGAAGGGAAUCACAAAGCCUUCUACACCUGUGCAUCCCAUAUAACUGUGGUCCUUUUAUUCUUUGUUCCUUGUAUCUUCCUGUAUGCAAGGCCCAAUGUCAACUUUUCCAUUGAUAAAUCCAUGAUGGUGGUCGUAACUUUCAUAACUCCUAUGUUGAACCCUUUAAUCUACACCCUGAGAAAUUCAGAAAUGAAAAAUGCCAUGAGGAAACUCUGGAGUAAAAAUGCGACCUUAGUUGGAAGAGGGGGUUUUCCAUCACGUAGGAUGUGA